CUCCUGAUUGCCCACGGUGACCUCGACACGAUCAACAAUCACAUCGGAGCCCAAUGGUUUACAGAGCGAUUUGCCCAGGCAACAAAUGAGAGCGUUGUGGCCGAGGGAAAACAAUGGACGUUCCAAUACACGGCCCAGAACCAGCCGACGAUUGGAGGGUAUAUGAAGCGUUAUAGGGAUCGGAUCGAUUUUACGACUGUCAUGGGAGCCGGCCACUUCAUCCCGUCCCAACGCCCAAUGCAAGCUAUGCAGUUGAUGAACAAUUUUGUGAACCAGAUGGGAUACAACAACGGUCUCGGCAGCUUCAACAUGAAGCCCGCCCCCAUCCAGCCGCCAUACUUCAAGUGGCCUUAUGAGCCGGAUAUCAGGAAGGCUGCUGAUCAGAUCUUUAACCUGCCCGGGCUUACUUUCGAGAUCAACUUCCGGCAAUUCUCCGGUUACCUGGCGACUAGCUACAACAGAUUUUUGCAUUAUUGGUUCCUCCUCGGUUUGGGGAAUGUUCACAGAAAACGGUCCCUUCUCCGCGUGAAUCAAGAUGGCACGACGUUAUUUGAGAAUCCGUACUCUUGGAAUAAGUUUGCCAACGUCCUGUACAUGGAAGCCCCUCGCGGAACGGCCAAGGAAAAUGUCGCUGCCAUCAAGGAUUUCUUCCAAAACGUUUUCCCGGAGUAUGCUAAGAACCCAUUCUUCGUCACCGGAGAAAGGGAGCAUGGCAUUUAUUUGCCGAUGGAAUGGCAAUGGCAAAUUUGUUUGAUCAACUACCGAGACCAAGUCAAUGGCGUCAUCAACAUGCACUACCUCUACGGAAUUAUCGGAAAAACUGAAUACGACUACCUCGUUGACACUUGUUGUAAGAAGCAACAGUCCCACCUCCGAGACCCAACCGAGUGCAACUACUUCGACUACAUCACUGUAGAUUCACAUGGAAAUUACUUGCCGAAGAAUGGGAGCGGAGAGUGUGGGACUUUGACCGUCAAGUACGCCUCCGAUAUGCUGUGGUACAAUGACGACGGCACCACCGACCCGUACAACAUCUACCAAGACUGCUUCAACGUCGCGAUGCCGCCGAAUAACAGCAACCCACUCUUCGCGGCGGCGUUCCAGAAUAACGGGGACAAGAUCAACACCCAAUCCACCGAUCCGUGGAACGGCUUCCCCUGCUGGGGACUAACUGCUUCCACAGAAUUAAUGAAUCCGCAAAGCGUACGUACCGCACUUCACAUUCCAACGUCACUACCACCGUGGACCAGCUUCAAUGACACCAUCUUCUCAAACCUGUACGUCCAAAACGACAAGCUGACGAUGCUCGACGACUUUGAGCGCAUCAUCAACUCGUAUUACUACAAGGCCAAUGGGAUGAGGAUUUUGAUCUACAACGGAGAUGUUGAUAAGGUCUGUAACCACCUGGGAGCACAGUACUUCGUCGAGUACGACAUGCAGUCCCACGCCAGACUAGACACAAACCAAUCCCGCACCUGGUGGUGGUACCAACAAACUCCAGACAACGCCCCGGUGGCUGUCGGUCAGGUCAAGCGCUUCAACAAGAAUCUGGAUUUGCUGACUGUUAAGGGUGCUGGCCACUACGUCCCGUUAGAUCGCCCUGGUCCGGCGCUGCAGAUGAUCUACAACUUCGUGAUGGGUAGCGCAAACUACAGUAUCCCGGUGCCGUUCACCAUCCAGCUGGCCAAAAAGAAUCCGGCGUACCAGGCAUUGAGCGGAUGUCAGAUGAAUCAGGCUGAGGAGAGACAGGCUGCUCCUGACGUGCCUCCCUUCAACACCAACGACACUGGUCUGAACGCCAGAGCUAAGGCGGACAUGAUCCAGAGCCUCCCCGGCAUCACCUUCCCGAUCACCUACCGAAUGUUCUCCGGAUAUCUGACCCCGCAGGUCGCGAAGACGCACCAUUUGUUUUAUUGGUUUGUGGAGUCCCAAAACGAUCCUGUCAACGAUCCCGUGCUUCUCUGGUUGAAUGGUGGUCCUGGCUGCAGCUCUCUAGGCGGUUUCUUCACGGAAUUGGGUCCUCUCCAUCCGAAUAACGACAACGGGGAGACGGUCUAUGAGAACGUGUUUGCUUGGAAUAAGAAGGCAAACGUCAUCUUCAUGGAGGCCCCAGUUGGCGUCGGAUUCUCCUACUACGAGGACGCGACGAGGUUCAACAACACCGACGAUACGACCGCUCUCGACAACGCCUGGGCCAUCAAAGAUUUCUUCGACGGCGUCUUCCCCCAAUACAGAAAGAACGAGUUCUUCGUGUCCGGGGAGAGCUACGCCGGAGUGUACGGCCCGACAUUGACCAGGAAUCUGAUCGCGCUCAUCAGCAGCGGGAACUUGGAGUUGAACUUAAAGGGAAUGGCCAUUGGAAACGGCAUCCUCAGCGAGUACCUCCAAGACAGCUCCCAAGUUCCGUUGCAGUACGGUCACGGAUUUACCGGCUUUGAUGACUGGAAAGCCGUGCAACAAAUGUGCUGCGUCGACACCGGAAACCCGUUCCAAUGCGACUACGACCAGUACUCUGAUCGAUCUCCCUGUGGACGUGUCGUCGAUCGUGUGAUCAACAACUUCUAUGAAAACAUCUACGACCCAUACAGCAUCUACAUGGACUGCUACACCGACAAGGCGGAUCAGAUGAAGCAGCUGGCGUUGGAUAGGAGACAGGAGGCUCGUCGUUAUAGGAGAGGACAGUCUUCCGACAAAGCCCACCAACUACUGACCAACCAGAUCAAGGCCGCUCAACCGUAUCAAGACAACAACAAUAAAUCCAACUUCGGUUCGACUGAUAGUAACAAUGGCUUGAGCUGCUUUGCUGACGGAGGAACUUGGGGCUACCUCAACCGCCCGGAGGUCAUCCAAGCCCUCCACGCCAAGCUCUACUGGCCCAACGAAACCUGGAGCGAUUGUCGCGAUCGAAGCUCAUUCUGGAGCUACCACGCCCUGGAGGCGUAUUACGAUAUGUCGCAGGUUUUCCGGGAUAUCCUUUCAUCGAAGUGGUACGACACGAACAACAUGAGAAUGCUGAUCUACAACGGAGACGUCGACACGAUUUGCCAAUUCCUGGGCGACCAGUGGUUCAUCGAAAAUCUGGUGGUCGAUCGUGGGCUUAAUGUGACACUACCCCGCACCGAAUGGUGGUACAAGCAGACCCCGACUGUCCUUCCCCAAGUCGUCGGCUACAUCAAGAAGUGCGGACAAAUAAUGUCGUGCAGCUUACUG